AUGGCGUCUGAAAGCGGCUCUGUAGCCCAGGAUGAGAAAACAGCUCUGAUAGAAGCAGAGUCGGGACAAGAUGCUGUUCAGCAGCAGCAAGGAGAAACGUCCGAGAAGCAACACGAGUCCAAGUUGACGCUUUAUCACUGGACUCAGUCUUUUAAUUCUCAGAAGGUGCGUCUGGCCAUAGCAGAGAAAGGUUUGCACUGUCAGGAGUACGAUGUGAGUCUGCCGCUCAGCGAGCACAAUGAGCCCUGGUUCAUGCGUCUGAAUCCAACAGGGGAAGUUCCCGUCUUAGUCCAUGGCGACAACGUCAUCUGUGACCCGACACAGAUCGUGGACUAUCUGGAGCAGAACUUCAAUGAUGAGGGCACCCCCAAGCUGGUACCUGAAGAGGGCAGCACAUACUAUCACAGGGUGCAGCACUACAGAGAGCUGCUGGACUCACUGCAGAUGGAUGCCUACACCCACGGCUGCAUCCUCCACCCUGAGAUCACAGUGGACUCGCACAUACCAGCCUAUGCUGCCUCGCGCAUCCGAACACAGAUUGGAAACACACAGUCGGAGCUGAAAAAACUGGCCGAGCAGAAUCCAGAGCUGAAAGAUGCUUAUGUUGCAAAACAGAGGCGCAUAAAAUCCAAGUUGUUUGACCACGACAACAUGAAGUACCUGAAGAAGCUUCUGGAUGAGCUGGAGGGUGUGAUGGACCAGGUGGAGACAGAGCUUCAGAGGAGGGAGGAAGAGACACCAGAGGAAGGAACUCAGUCCUGGCUGUGUGGGGACUUCUUCAGCAUGGCCGACAUCUCUCUGGCGGUAACCCUACACCGCCUCAAGUUCCUCGGCCUGUCCCGUCGCUACUGGGGCAACGGUAACCGGGUGAACCUGGAGACGUACUACGAGCGUGUGGUGGAGCGGGCGGCCUUCACAAGGGUUUUGGGCCACGUCAACAACAUCCUGAUAUCUGCAGUCCUGCCGGUGGCGUUUCGCGUGGCCAAGAAGAACGCGCCGGUAAUUGUGGGUACCACUCUGCUGAUAGGCCUCCUGGGCGGAGCCACAUACAUGGCCUUUCUGUACAUGAAGAAGAGGCUCACUUCCUUUAGCUGAGGGAUGUUGUGGUGUUUGUUUGGGGACAGCACUGAUGUGGGGGUAAAAUUAAUUAUUAAGAAAUGUUGCAUACAUUUCCAGACAAAUUUAUCCCAAAUCAAAUGAAUAUACAGAAAAGAAUAUGAUAAAUUAUUAUCAGCACAUCAUUUAUAGGUAAUUAAAUCAUAUAUGUAUUAUUUCCUCUGUUGCUGGUUGCACAAAAUGCACUUUUAUUCAUUUAUCAUUAUGCGACUGCUGCAAUAUAAUCACACCAAAGUUUGGAGUGAAUGAGCCAUGAUAACAUGAAAACAAGGAGUGUUUGGUUGUUUUGGGAGAAGUAUGGCGAGCGUGCUUGUGAGUUUGGUCACUUCUUGCUUUAAAAGCUGAGGAUACUUGUCUCUCUUCUCCAUGUUUAUAUAACAUUACCUGAAAGUGCUGUUCCUCUCUGACAAAACGAAAAACAUAUACUUUUGACUGUGUGCCAUGCGAUCACAAAAUUAAACAAAUAUAAACAAGUACAAAUAGAUUUCAUACUUUAUUGAAAACAACUGAAAGCUAUGUACUAAUGUAAGGUAAACAGGAUGUAUCGUAAAGGGGCUAAAUGUUUCUAUGUGUGCUCAAAUAAUAUUAAGAGCUUAAUCUAUUUGCCUUUACCAUUUGUUAUUUCACUGUCGUUUGGCAUGCAAACACCUGAAGUCCGCAGCCAGGUCUGUGACCCAGUCCGCCCAGCAGGAAUCAAACAUGUCUACUUGUGUAGGAACUGCUUUUCUCAAUGCUUUUCCAAUCCUAUUUUUAGGCCACCAUGUGUAACAUCUGUCGCAGAAUAAACUGCUUCGAAACAACUCCAGUAUUUUCUGUCAAUGGGCUCGAUUUCAGAAUUAAAAAUUCUCAACUCUGCAUUGUUUAAUACAUCAACCAUUAAAAUAAUUCCACAUCUAAACAUCUUAAGGCUGCUAAUCACAUUUCCCAGACUCUGAAAAUGAGUCAGCAUCUACAGCAGUUUGUUUGCUCGGUC